AUGUGGAUGUCAACGGGCUGUCUGUGUGAGUCUGCCCUUUCUCAACCAAGAGCCUGGCUGUUGCCAAGGCAGAGGCCUCACUUUGACCGUCCUGGAGAUGUUAUGGUGGGUGGCAGCUUCUCCGUCUUUCGAUUCUCUAAUAGUGCCCCGCCUGACUUCGCUGUCCCACCGGCUCCACUGCUGCCUUCAGAAGUUUCCCAGUGGGGCUACCGGGUGGCCCAGAGUUUCGUCUUUGCCAUCGAGGAGAUUAAUAGGAGCGCUCACUUGCUGCCCAAUCUGACCCUGGGCUUCUCCAUUCGAAACUCUGGAGAUUCAGUGCAUGGAGCCGUCUAUGAGACUCUGAGUUUUCUCACGAGGCAGGAGGAGCCCGUCCCCAACUACACCUGCCAGCAUGGCUCUCCUCACCCUGCCCCCGUUGUCCAAGACAAGUUCUCCAACAGCUGCCGGGGUCCAGUUCCUCAGCUCCAGGUCAGUUAUGGAUCCUCACUCCCCAGCCUCAGUGACAAGAUCCAGUUCCCAUCUUUCCUGAGGACCGUGACCAGUGACCUCACGUCCUGCCGUGCAGUGACCCAGCUGAUAAUUCAUUUUCGGUGGUCCUGGGUGAUCAUUCUGGCCCAUGAUGAUGACUUUGGACAGCAGGCCAGCUCUCUGGCCAGUCGGGAGCUCAGCCCGGCUGGUGUGUGUAUUGAGGACACCCUCCAUGUCCCUUCCCAUGAUUCUUCGGGGAAGAUUGAAUUGAUUGUCCAGAAGAUGCAGAAAUGCACAGCCAGGGUUGUUCUGGUUUUCCUAAGCAAUGCCAAUUUCCAAAUAAUCCUGCACAGCUUACUGGGUAUCCAUCCCUCAGGCCAGGUCUGGGUCAGCAUGGACACUAUGCACAUGGCGCUCGCCCUGAGCAUUCCAGGCAUUUCCCAGGUACUGCAUGGCACAUUUGGCCUUCUGUAUCACAGCAGCAGGGCAAUUGGCUUCCCUGAGUUCCUUGCUGACCUGCGCCCCAGCCAGACCCCAGAGGACAUGUUCAUAAAGAAGUUCUGGGAGUCCACCUUUGAUUGUACAUGGCCCCACCAGAGCGGCACAGUGAGAGAGGGUGUCCAGAUGUGCUCAGGCAAUGAGAGUCUGAAAAACAAGCUGUACCCUUUCCAAGAAGUGAGCAAUAUUGAUGCUGCUUACACAGCUGUCUACAGCAUUGCCCAAGCCCUGCAAGACGUGAUAGACCGUGGGCACCAGGAUGGGAAAGGUAUAGACUCUCAGCACUUCCAUUCCUGGCAGCUUCUUCAUGCUGUCAGAAAUGUGCACUUCAAGACUCCUGAUGGAAUCAAGAUUAUGUUUGAUGCCAAUGGAGAUGUGGUGUUAAAAUUUGACAUUUACCAGGGGCAUAAGACCCCAGAGGGUAUAUUCAACUUGGUCCCUGUAGGCAUGGUAGACCCGCAAGUCUAUGUGGGAAAGAAAAUGAUGGUCCAUUUGAAGGAGGAUCUUCAAGUGCCCAGCUCUGUCUGCAGUGAAAGCUGCCUUCCGGGAUCCAGCCAAGUGCCCAGGGUGGGAGCCCCCCAGUGCUGUUUUGACUGCAGUCGUUGCCCCAAGGGACAGUUUGCAGACAAAAAAGACAUGAAGAGAUGUCUUCAGUGCCCCAAGGAGCAGUACUCAAGCCACAGCAGAGACCACUGCCUGCCCAGGACAGAGAGCUUCCUGGCUUUUGAGGAACCUCUGGGAUUCAUGCUGGCUUUGGUGGCACUCUUCCUGUCUGGUCUUGCUGUCCUGGUUCUGGGAGUGUUUGUGAAGCACAGAGACACCCCUGUGGUCAGGGCCAACAACAGAACCCUCAGCUACUUACUCCUGAUGUCUCUUUCCCUCUGUUCCCUGUGUGCCUUGCUGUUCCUUGGCCGGCCCAGUGUGACCACAUGCCUCCUCCGUCAGACCACCUUUGCUGUGGUGUUCACGGUGGCCAUCUCCUCUGUUCUGGCCAAGACUCUCACAGUGGUCCUGGCCUUCAGGGCCACCAAGCCUGGGGGCAAGAUCAGGCUUUGGCUGAGCCCCAGAGCUUCUACCUCUGUGGUCCUCAUUGCUUCCUUCAUGCAGCUUGUUCUUUGUGGGGUCUGGUUGGCCAUCUCUCCCCCAUUCCCAGACAGGGAUAUGGUCUCGGAGCCCCAGCACAUUGUCAUCCAGUGCCAGGAGGGUUCUGGCACCCUCUUCCUCUGUGUGCUGGGCUACUUGGGGAUCCUGGCAGGGGGUACCUUCUUUGUGGCUUUCCUGGCCAGGGGUCUACCAGAUGUCUUCAAUGAGACUAAGUUCCUGACCUUCAGCACGCUGCUCUUCUGCAGUGUCUGGACAGCUUUCCUGCCCCUGUACCACAGUGCCCGAGGCAAGUCCACUGUGGCUGUGGAGAUCUUCUCCAUCCUGGCCUCCACUGCUGGGCUUCUGGGUGGCAUCUUCAUCCCAAAGUGCUACAUCAUCUUGCUGAAACCAGAGAGGAACACCCCUGCCUGGCUAAGGCAAGGCCACCAGGCCCUGAGGAUAGGCAGUAUGAGAUGCUCCAUAGAAGAUGUCUCCUCGGGUCCACAGCACAAACCUUCAUGA